UCCCAAACAACGGCACUCCUGCCAUUCAGCGCCUACAGCAGCAGCAGCAGCAGCAGCAAGCGCAAGUCUCGCGGCCUGGAUCUGCCAAUGCCAUGAGGCCUGUACAGCAAAUUGCCGGAACAGGAUUCCAGGGCCAGCCCAUGGGCUUCCCUUCGAAUCUUGGUCAACAGCAACAGCAACAGCAACCUCAACAAGCACAGCAGCAGCCUCAACAACAAGGAGGACAAUCGCAACAGCUGCUUUGGCCCAAUGCUAAUCCAGCGGCUGGGAUGCAACAGCAGCAACAGCAGCAAGCGAGUAAUGCUGGUGGAGUUCGACAAGCUCAGCCUGGGCAGGUGAAUUUCCCCAUGGGGAUCACUGCGCCUCAGCAGCAGCAACAGCAGCAGCAACAGGGUGGCCCAAGCAAUGCAGGGCCAUCAGCUGCAAAUGGCCCUGCAUCAAGAGACACCUCGAUGAUGUUGAAGAUGGCGCAGCAAGAUCCCAAGAAGGUCUUUGCUGCCUUUACAAUGAAGAUGAAGGACCUGGAGAUGAAGCGGAACAAUCCCCAGGCUACUGCUCAGGAGCGGCAAAAUUACGGGCAGGAAUUGGAGAAUAUCAAGAGGACGUUGCAAGAGAUUGCUACCAAGUUGUCAGCCACUGGGCAGCUCCAAGGCGGGCCGCAGCAGCAGCAGCAGCAGCAGCAGCAACAGCAACAGCAACAACAGCAACAACAGCAACAACAACAGCAGCAGCAGCAACAGCAGCAGCAGCAGCAGAUGCUUCAACAACAAAUGCAGCAGCAGCAGCUCGCCCAGCAGCAGCAGCAGCAACGGACACAGAAUGCUCAGGCUGGGCCCUCAAGACCCACCAAUGCCGGACAGAUGUACUCAUCGCCGGCUAUCCGGCCUGCUCAGCAGGUCGGCUUGAAUCCACCGAGCGGAAGUCCUGCUCAGCAGUUCGGUAGUCCGAUGCAGAACAGUACCGGCGAGCUAAGCGGGCAGGGCAACAACGUGCAAAACUUCGCAAAUCAGCAGCAACAUCAGCGGCAGAUCUCUGCACAGCAAGCCCAGCAAGGCUCAGAUAGCUCACCCGCGCAAAUGGGCCAACAGCCGCCUCUGGUUCUCAAGCGAGAUCAAUUCCAGCGGGCUCUAGCUGACAUUCUGCCCAGACACGGUAUUUCGCUUGAACCGCCUGUGGUGGGUGGACAACAGAUCGACCUUUGGAACUUAUACCAAGCCGUCACAGAGCAUGGAGGCAUGGUCGCUGUGUCACAGAAGAGCGCCUGGCCAGCAGUCGUCGUUGCCAUUGGUCUGGCUCAGCAUGCAUCACAGGAAGCAUAUGCGCUGGCUCACUCGCUCGCAGAGACUUACAAAACCUAUCUGUACGCCUUCGAAGGUGUCUGGCAGCGGGCCAUUCAGAGUUUGGAGGAUCACAGAAAGCAGCAGCAGCAGCAGUCGGGCCAGCAGAUGGGUCAACAGAUGCCAGGAGGAGGUCAGGCAGUCAGACCACCUCAGCAAAUGAUGAUGAAUCAGCAACAGCAGCAGCAGCAGGCGCGGUUUGGGCAACAGCAGCAGCAACAGCAACAAAAGGCGCAGCCGGGAGUUGCGGGACAACAUGCCCUCCCUCAACAGAACAUGACGAUGCAACAGCAGCAAAGACCGCCGCAACCUGCUGCUCCACUACAACAGCAGCAGCAACCGCCACAACAACAGCAGCAGCAGCAGCCUGUGGCAAACCUCGGGCCGCCGCCCAACGUCUCCGCGGAGCAGCUGAAGCAGUACGGUCUGACUCAAGAGACGUUCAUGCAGCUUUGGCGAUCUGGAGCGUUCCAACGACCUGCAGGAGCCAACGCUCAGCAACAGCAGGACGGCACGGGUGCUCAACAGCAGCAGCUGUCCCAAACACAGCCUGUGGUCAAUCAGCAGCAGCAGCCGCAUGCUCAACAGACUGACCCGUCAAUGCAGCAACAAAAUCGACCGAUCGUACAGCAAGGGCCUCCGGCACACAUGCAACAGCAGGGAGCCCAGCAAGUACCCCAGCAGCCAUUUGUCAUUCCGCCUGCUCAGGGAGCGCCAGCUACGCAGCUGCCUCAGCUUCCACCGCCUCCCCAGGGAGAAGCGCGUCAGUUGCCUGUCACGCGGGAGAGGUUUGAAGACGCCACUGAGCAGCUCGCCAAGGUCGAUGAGGAACUCAUGAUCCGCCGCCCUGAGCUCAAAGCUCCCAAGCCUUUCGAUGACGAGGAACGUAUCACCCUCUUCCGCUUCGUUGCGUCGCUGACGAACAUGUGCGAUGAAUGCAACGUUCUCCUGCCGGCCUUCUAUGCCAUGAAUGGCGGUCCGCUAGAGACCUCUGGCGCCAAGCGGGCGAAGAUUAUGCUGUGGAUGAUGAGGGAUCAGGUGACCGCAAUGAAGAGAGGCGAGUCGGUGAUGAACAUGGAGGACCUCAAGAAGAUGGCAUUCCACUUCCAGAGGAUCAUUCACUUUGUGAAACAGUCUAAUCCACAAGUGGCCGAGUAUCUGCUCAAGGAGCACCAUGCUGCCCGAGCCAAUGGUGCGCCUUCCUUUGUGCAGGGCCAGACUCACAAUGGCGCAGCGGCAGCUACAGGAGGGCAGCAACGACCUGCACAGCAGGCUCAGGCUGGACCUCAGCAGCCCACUGCUGCCCCCGCCACGGUCAAUGCUGCACUUGCAGAUGAGCAGGCGACCGCUCAGAUGAACAUCAAGCGUGGCCUACGUGUCGAGGAUCUCAAGCUUCCACCAAACAAGCGUGGCAAGCAGCCUGGCGGUGCAGGUGGCACUCCAGGGGCCUCGGCGGCUACGCCCACGAAUGGCAUUGCUUCGCCUAUGGACACCAGUCCAGCAGCGGUCAGCAUCAAAGGCGAAUCUCCUAAGCUCUCUAAUGCUGGAUCUCCACCUUCGAACCGCGGAGGCAAACGCGGCCAGCCGCUUCCAGCUACUCGAGGCAAAGGCAAGAGAGGUAGACAGCUCACCAACGAUCGUAAGCCUGAGGAAGCCUCGCCCAAGGCCAAGGCCAAGACCAGUGCAGACAUCAUGGCCGAAGUCAAGGCUGAGAUGGCGGCAGAGGAGGAGAGGAAGAAGAGGAAAGACGAAGAGGCGGAAAAAGCCGGACUUGACGAUCCUUCCAAGAAUCCCAUCUCCCUCGCUGAAGUGGAGGCCGCGGAUGCUGGCAAGCGCGAUGAGGAGCUGAUGAAGACGGAUCCGGCUGCCUUUGUCGAGUCGGCCUGGCAGGAAUUGAUGGCUUCGCAGGGCAUCACUGAUGCCAACGUCGGAGCUGGCGCUGGCGAAUUCGAUGCCAUGCGCUCUAUCAUGGCCAUGGUCGGGCAGGAACCUCCUGCAGCCAACAACAUCACCGCUAGUGAGCCUGCUCCUUCGGCUACGCUAGGAGCGGUCGACAUGGCUGCUUCUGCCAGUGGCAGCGGCGCAACCAAUGAUGCUUCCAUCUUCUUCGACUUUGACCUCUUUGAUGCAGGUCCAGAUGAGCCAGCUACUACAGCCGCCGCGGGAAAGGAUCAGGAGAGCAGCUCUGACCCUGCAUCGACCGCGGCAGGCGUUGGCGGCAAAAGGGACUCGCUCAAGGCUACCAAUGAGCUAGCAGAUGCCCUCGGCCUACCUUCCCUAUCCGCCAGCGACGACAUCCCUCCCGCAGCAUCAGCAGAGGAAGAGACGCCCGAGCUCAUCUCCUCCUCCAGCUCCGCCGGCGUCCCCUCUGCGGCCUCUUCCUCAACAUCUAGCUCGGUCCUCAUCCCACCCAAGUCGGCAAACUUCCCAGCACAGCUCUUCGAUGAAGCUGGCUACCUAUUGCCACAGAGCGCCAGUCCUACUGUCGUUGUCAGCAGCGGAGGCGCAUCGCUAGGCAAGGAGUUGGGCCAGAUGGAUCUGGAUGCAGACGAUGAGGGACGAGGUUCCCUGCAGCAACAGCAACAGCAGAGGCAGCACAGCGACAAGAGCUCUACGGCCACACUUCGCGGUAAAGACGACGAAGAAGAUGAUGGAGACGAUGCUGCUGGCAGGAAGCUUGGUGGGGAAGAAGAUCAGGAUGACAAGGAGCGCGAGAGGGAGAAUGACUGGUGGGACGCGGACCACUUCUCCCUCUAUGCGGGGACCGACGAUAAGCCCUGGGCUCUUCUCUCGUAAAGGACUCCUCCUCUCGGGAUUCCACUCAAGGGCUUGUGGAUCAUCCAGCUUGCUCUGGCAAACCAAGCAUCCCUGCUCCAGCUACGGCUUCGAGCGACUUUCUCAUGCUCCUCUUCUUUCGCCCCGUCUCAAUCAUCUCACGACUGAUCCCUCCUGGUCCCUCCCUCGUCUCUCCUCCCUACUUAUGCCCCACCCCUCGCUUGCUCUCCAUCUAUCGCUCAUCGCUUCAUCUUUAUGAAUCCCUCGAGAUUGUUGCGCUUCCCAUCACA